AUGAAGCUCCAACAGUGCCUGAACCGCUGGUCACGUCACAGUUUGAUCUCUUUAAAACACCUGGUCCUCGUGGACAUUGAAGAUGAAGAUGAGGUGCAUAUCAUCUCUCCAUUUGGGCUGAAGGACACCAGACACAGGAGACCUAAGCCCAUCAGGAAAAAACAACCCAUGUUUAGUUGGAUGGAGGAGAACACAGAGAUGCUGGAGAGUGAAAGAUCAGGGAAGAAACCGAACAGUGGCAAAAAAACGGACCAUGAAGGAUCAUCCCCGUACAUCCCAUAUGAAUAUACCGAGGCGAUAUCACUGUCAGCACCUUCAUCACAGUCUGAUCUCAUCCUCAUGGACAUGAAUGAUAACAGCGAGUCUGAUGAGCCUGAGGUGGAGUUCAUCUCUCCAUUUGAGCUGAAGGACCAUAGACACAAAAGACCGAAGCCCGUGACAAAAGAUCAACCGAUGUUUUGUUGGAUGGAGAACACCGAAAUGCAGGAGAGUGAAAGUGAAAUGGAUGAAGUCCACCCAGAAGCUCCAGAGCAGCAGGAGACACCUGUGAAAAAAUCCAUCCAGAGAGCAACACUGACAAACAACAAACCCUUCAGAAGGAGACAGACGCUCAUGAAAACAUCAUCAUGA